CAAAUCUUUGCUGAAAAUCUGUACCAUGACAGAUAAAUCUGUACAUGUGGCAACGCUGCCUGGAACUUCCCUCACCGAACGAGUCAAUCCGCGGCGGCCCGAGUACGGCCGAAGUGAUGGAAACCGACACGGACCUGUUGAUGCCCGUGCCGGAAGAGUCCCUACUUUCCGGAAAAGUACCCCGGCAAUGUGUGCGCCCAGUGCGCGCUCGGCGAACGCAGCCAGCUGGGCCAGGACGAAAUGCUACGGAUCAAGAACAGUGUCGAAGCGACGAUGGCGGCCGCGCUGUAGUCCUAGGAAGACGACGAGGGAUUCUCCGGGAGCAGUCCCAGUCAGGGGGACAAACGGGCAGCGGUGGUAGUGUCCUCACGCUCGGAAUAUCGCCGCUGCUGAGCAGCAACAAACGACAGAAAGGAUUGAACGUAACGCAAGUUCAAACCCAAUUAUCAACGCCGAGUACGUGAUUGAGCUGGAGAAGAUCGGCACACUGAGGUGGAGUUCGCCUCGAUCGAGAACGGCGGAUACUUUUACACUCAUCGGUCGUGUGCCAGCUGGUCGUGUGGCGUGGGCCUUGGCGCGGCCACGGGGACGCUCAGCAACCUGGAGGAGGCCGUGGCGCAGGCCUUAAGCAAAAUGUGCUACUUUUGCUCGCGCUAGGGGGCGAGCUUAGUGUGCAAGAUGUCCUGUCCAAAAAUGUUCUACUACCCGUGCAUCUACCACUACCCCGGCACUACCACGGAACGUGACGUCGAUUACGAAGUACGGCUGGAAGUGCCGGUGCUGUCGGGUUUGUUUUGAUUGGGG